AUGAAUAGAAUUAAGAUCUUAUUAUUCUUAUUGGUAGUUAUUUUAUCAUUGGUUGGUAUUGCCAACUCUACAAAAUCACAUUCAACAGUAUCUACUAGUGGGUCUGGUUCAGGAUCUGGUUCAGGAUCUGGAUCUGGAUCCGGAUCUGCAGGAAGCACUGGAUUUUCAACACAUGAAUCAACAACAAGAGAUAGUAGUAGCAGUGGAUCUGCCUCGGCAAGCAGUGGGUCAAGUUCAGGAAAUUCUGGAGAAGCAGGAAGUACCGGAUUCUCAACCCAUGUAUCAUCAACAUCAUGUAGACCAACUAGCGAUGGUCCAGCAGAUAGUACAAGUGAUUCUGGUUCUGGAUUGGGUGGAAAGGGAAAUAAUGAAAAGGAUGAAUCAAGUACCAGUGGAUCUGGUUCCGGUUCUGGAGGAAGUACUGGAUUCUCAACUCAUACAACAUGUAGAUAA